AACAAUUAAAAAUUCAAAAAGAUUUGAUAAAGGUGUUUGCAGCUAUAGAAAGCCAAAUUCUAUUAAAUUAAAUUAAAUUAAAUUUGAUUGCAUUUAUAAAGCAAAGUAUAGAUCCUUUAACAAAACCGAGAACCCCAACAAUCAGAAGACUGCUUUUGAGGAAGCACUUGGCGACAGUGGGAUGGAAAAACUCCCUUUUAACAGGAAAAAAAGGCGCAGGGAGGGGCAGCCAUCUGCUGAUGCAAAAGACUUUAAAGCAUGAAACGUCUUCAAAAUGGUGUUUUAAUCUAUUUUCACGUUAUAUUGAGUCUAUUAAAACACACACACACACACACACACACACACACACACACACACACACACACACACACACACACAGAAUAUAUGCACAUAUAACAUGUGCUGAUGACAUGACUCAUCUCAUUACUCCGAAAACAUCAGUACCAUAGAUUAUAAUUCCAUUUUCAAUAUCAACCGAUGAAUUUCAUACUCUGAAUAAACCCUUUUAAAUAAACAUUUCAUCGCUCUCAAGCUGGAACUUUACAAUGAACGACCACUGUCAUCGGAUUUCAUUUACUUCCACUGUAGAAACACUAGAUGGAGAUAAACAUCCACCACCAGGCGCCAUACUCGUAAUAACACAAUUUUAUAGUACAGCACAAUGUUCUCUGGUGAUGGGCACCUCGAUAAUUUAGUAAUAACAAACAGAUUUCAAAGCAUAUAAAAAACAAGUCGAAGACACAGACUAAGGACACUAAUGCGGUCAAUGGUGAAUUUGAAUGUUUAUGCUUUCGAAUUAUUGGAAACAGGCAAAAAGAAAAAUGAAAUAAACUGAAAAAAGCACUCCCUGGUCUGUAUCCCCACGUAAGCCCACCCCCCGUGAAAGUGAAAUCUGCCAUCCGUGCUGCAGUUCCUCUACAGUCUUUAAUUUGAAGUCACUCCUACCAGGACGUAUUUCCUCGGGCACAAGCGCGCGCUGGAGCCUGCCGUCUUAUUAACGCACAGGUUUACUGACACAGCACUGGAUCUACAAAGGACCCAAGGACACAGACUUUUGAAUCUAGUUAGCCUGAUUAAAAGCAGCUAACACUGACAUCAUUUUAUUGUACGGCUCCCUAAACGGAUGGCAUCGUAAUAAAAAAAAGAAAGAAAGAAAAAAAAGUUAUCACUCGGGGGAGAAUCCUUUGCGUAAAAUGGGGACCGAGUAUGAAUGAUGUAUUGCGCAGAAUCUCGGCUCAUUUAACCUACGAUUAAUUUACCGGAGAGAAGCGCAUCUCCAUCUCGUGGGAUGCGAGCGGGGCAUGUCUUGGCUGAAUGCUGUUGCACGGUUUUGGUUAGACGGUGCCAAACUUGCGCAAAGAGCCCGAUUCUGCACAAGAACUGAUCGUUGCCAGUAAGGUGACCGAAAGCACACAAUGUCAGCCAUACGGCGGAAAUUUGGCGAGGACUACCAGGUGGUAAACACCAACCGGAGCAUGACUUUUUCCGCGCCGGUGAAGAAAAAGAGGCAGCGGUUUGUAGAGAAGAACGGCCGCUGCAAUGUCCAGCACGGUAACCUUGGGAGUGAAACCAGCAGGUACAUCUCUGAUCUAUUCACCACGCUGGUGGAUCUAAAGUGGCGCUGGAACCUGCUCAUCUUCAUCCUCACGUACACGGUGGCGUGGCUGGUCAUGGCUUCGAUGUGGUGGGUCAUCGCUUACAUCCGCGGAGACCUGAGCUACGGCGGCCACAACUCGUCCUACACCCCGUGCGUCGCCAACGUCUACAACUUUCCCUCUGCGUUCCUGUUCUUCAUCGAGACCGAGGCGACCAUCGGCUACGGCCACCGGUAUAUCACGGAAAAGUGUCCUGAGGGUAUCAUCCUCUUCCUCUUCCAGUCGCUGCUGGGCUCCAUCGUGGACGCUUUCCUGAUUGGCUGCAUGUUCAUCAAGAUGUCGCAGCCCAAGAAGCGCGCGGAGACGCUGAUGUUCAGCCAGGACGCGGUCAUUUCGCAGCGGGACGGGAAGUUAUGCCUCAUGUUCCGAGUGGGAAACCUGCGAAACAGCCACAUGGUGUCCGCUCAGAUCAGGUGCAAACUCAUAAAGAUUUGACUAUUUCAGGGCAAAGAUUCCCACUGGACGGCCUGGAAUAUACGAAGGAAAGCAUGGACUUAGAACUUUUAACUGUAACUCUCCAAG